AUCAGUAUAGGUUUGACUCUCCGUCUGACAUUGGGAAAACAUAACAUUCGGAAGAAUUGUAAUCGUUCUUCAUCAGCUCAGCACAAAAAUAUCAGCGUUUUAAUACAGAUUUCAUUAAGUUGACAGCUACAAUAAAAGACGCUAUGAAAAUAAAUACGUUAACAUCAGGAGUUACGCGUUUGAUUUAUUUUGUAUGUUUGACGUUGACGUCAUUUGAUGUCGAUGCCCGGAAUUUACGUAGAAGCCUGCAACGUGAACGCACAUCUUGUAAAGGGGGUUCUGUGGUGGAUAUAGAAGGUGAUGCUGGGGUGAAGAUUGAACCAAUAGAACAAAGCAAUGUUUAUAUCGACACCCUCUCAGAGCCCUUCGACGAUGGGCAUACGUUCAGGUUCGAGUUCAAGACGAACUCCGGGAACGGCACGUUGUUUUACGCCGUGCGACGUAAUGACGUGUACGAUAUGGUGUCUGCUGAGAUCCGCGACGGUUACGUACAGUUCAAAGUCCGAUGUAAAUCAUCAUACGCCGAUCUAACAAUCCCUAGGUUCCGGGUCGACGAUGGAGAAUGGCAUAAAAUAAAAUUCCACAGGAAACGGCGAAAAGGCAUCUUCAUGUUGGAUGACAUGGAGUUUUUCGAGCAGUACUACGUGGGCUGUCAAGGUUUCACCUCCUUAAAUUUUGGGAAUACAAAUGCAGAGCACGAUGACUCAUUCAGUGUACAGGAACUUCAGCCAAAGAAUGGACAGUUUGAAGGAUGUAUACGAAGAGUAGAAAUAAGUACCGGCAUAGAGACCCCACCAAAAUAUGCCGCCAUCUCACAGUGUAACUGACCAAUGGGCGCGGUGUAGUGUCAUGAUUUCUCUCAGUUUGCCCACGUCUUGCAUGUUCAAAGGCCGACGUCGAAGCGCCAAGGUCCCACCUAGAUGGUUUCUUGAAAAUCCGUCUAUUCCUUAUUUCGAAUCGGCUAGAACAUUGGCAUGGCCUUUUAAAAGGCCUACAACUUAUGGCUCACAAAUGAUUAUGUUUAAUGUCCAGCAAUUUCUGGCUUAUAAGUGACAGCGCUUAUGUUGGAUAAUGGACAACGCUUUCAUAUCAACAGAGCUCACUCGCAACCUUGCAAUCAUUUAAGGUUACCAGUCGCUCAUGUUAGCACACUGUUUUGUUUUGUAUCCUUGUUUUAUCGCAGAGCAUACACUACCAUUGGGCUAUCAUGUGUGAGUUGGUUCAACUCACAAACGUUAGCCAUCAUGGGCGACAGUUAGCGUUAACUGAGCUUAGGGCUGCUUCCUGUCCGUAUAUGCAUUUUGAAAUUAUUGAACUUCUUUCUUGCGUUAAGAACUUAAGAUGCUCAUAGCACCGAUCUGUCCAUUAUUUAUUAUAGCAUUUAUAACAUUCAACACCUUACUAACGUGUUUCAUAGACUGUUUACUAAGAAGUAUGUAGCAAACAUUGCUGCAAUAAUCCCAACAUGUAGCAUAUAUUGUUGAUGAGGCUCAUUUUUAGAACGCUGAAAUGUAUGUGUAAAGCCGUCAUUAUUGUUGUAAUGAAAUCCGUCCAUUUGUUGUGGUAACUUUAGAUUUUGCAAUAAAAUUAUAAUA